AUGUGAAACUUGGCCGUGGCCAGGCAGGCACCACCCCUGCUGGGGUGUCCCACAGGGGUCCCUGGGUGGAGGACAGAAGCGGUCCAUUGAAUUGACGGCCAGCUGAGGCAGUGGCAUCAUGGAGGCCCCCUGGGGCUGGCUGGCGCUCUGCGUGCUGGCCACCUCCCUCCAAUCUGCUGUGACCCAGGACGUGUGCCGAGCCCCAGACGGGAGGGAUGGGGCUGCAGGGACACCCGGCCGACCCGGACGGCCAGGCCUCAAGGGGGAGCAAGGGGAGCCAGGGGCUCCUGGCAUGCGGACGGGCAUCCGGGGCCUUAAAGGGGACCAGGGGGAUCCUGGGCCCCCUGGAAACCCUGGCAACAUGGGCUUCCCUGGGCCCAGCGGCCUCAUGGGGCUCCCUGGCAUGCCAGGACGGAGAGGCCCCAAGGGCAACCCCGGAAACAUCAAGGACCAGCCGCGACCGGCCUUCUCAGCCAUAAGGCGCAACCCACCCAUGGGUGGCAACGUGGUCAUCUUCGACACGGUCAUCACCAACCAGGAGGGCCCGUACCAGAACCACUCGGGCCGGUUCAUCUGCGCCGUGCCCGGCUACUACUACUUCACUUUCCAGGUGGUGUCCAAGUGGGACAUCUGCCUGUCCAUCGUGUCCUCCGGGAGGGGCCAGAUCCGGCGCUCCCUGGGCUUCUGCGACACCAACAGCAAGGGGAUCUUCCAGGUGGUGUCCGGGGGCGUGGCUCUCCAGCUACAGCAGGGAGACCAGGUCUGGAUUGAGAAAGACCCCAUCAAGGGCCGCAUUUACCAGGGUCCUGAGGCCGAUAGCAUCUUCAGUGGCUUCCUCAUCUUCCCAUCCCUCUGAGCCAGCGACGGACCCCGCCCGGCCUGGCCUCUCGUGCUUCCUGCUGUGUGACUCUGGCCCACUCACUCCACCUCUCUGGUUUCUAUGGUCCGCUCUGGGGGUGCUGUCGCUUUAGCUGCCUGAAGGGAGGGGGCUGGCUACCGGAGCCCUAGAGCCUGCUGCCCACCGCACAUGUAAGAAGAUGGAUUUCUUAGAAUAAAUACCCGAAUCCACGUC